GGGAGAGAGGAAGAAAAAAAAGGAGAGAGAAGGAAGGAAGGAAAGAAGGAACAACAAGGAAGAAGGAAAGGGGACAAUACAAUCAUGCUGUGCUGUAUGAGAAGAACAAAACAGGUUGAAAAAAAUGAUGACAUUGACCAAAAGAUUGAACAAGAUGGCAUCAAACCGGAAGAUAAAGCUCAUAAGGCAGCCAUCAAAAUUCAGGCUAGCUUCCGUGGACACAUAACAAGGAAAAAGCUCAAGGGAGAGAAGAAGGGAGAUGCCCAAACUAAUGAUGUUGAAGCUGGUGAGAAGAAGGAAGAAGUCCUUGCCAAUGGUCUCACAGAUGGCAAACCUGCUAUUACAGAAGCUGCUCCAACUGAGAAUGCACUGCCUGCAGAUGGCAAGAAAGGGGGAAGUACCCCAGCAGAUGAGAAGCAGGGGGAGGGCACAGCUGACAUUGGUUCAGAACAACCUGCCCCCAAAGCCACUAGUCCUGCUGCCCUGUUGGAGGAAAAGCCCACUCCUGCUGCCACCGAAACAGAAAGUGCCACUAAAGCUUCCACUGAUAAUUCACCAUCCUUGAAGGCCGAGGAAGCCCAAGUCAAGGAGGAACCUAAACAAGCCGAUGUGCCUGACACUGUCACCACUGUCGUUACACCUACUGCUGCAGAGGAUGCUACUGCCAAGGCAACAGCACAGCCCCAAGCAGAGACGGCAGAGAGUAGCCAAACCGAAGAGAAGACAGAUACUGUAGAAGAAACCAAACCUUCUGAAAGUGCCCAGCAGGAAGACGUGAAAGACAACGAGAGCGAGGCGGACCAAGAAAAUGCCUGAACAUUAAGAAAUGACUCCCUGUUGCCCUGCCCUCCCCCUACUUUCCCAUAUUUUUCCUCCCUUCCUUGUUCCAAUCUGACCCCUCUCCUACUCACACCUGUGAGUCUGUCUGUCCUCCUUGUCCCUUCUACCACCCACUUAACCCUUUUUCUCUCUGUGUGGCAAACAUUUAAAGAAAAAAAAGCAGGAAAAAAUCCCAGUCAAACAGUGUGGCUUAAACAUUU